AUGGCAGCUUCUUACAGAAACUUCAUAACAGCUCUAGAACAAACACCUUGGGCUCCUAGAAACCUCACAACGACACCACAACGAGAACAGAAGUUGAUGCAGAAGAUGCAAAUCUCUAUUGAGAAACUAAAGAAGUCUGGAUUCUUCGCUUCUUUUCUGAAUCAAAUCCGUACCUCCGAAGCUUCGUUCCAUAUCCAUAAGGUUACGGAAUCAGAACACAAGUUAAAGAUGGUGAUUUACGGAAUUGGGAGCAUUGAAUCCUCUAGAUCCUCUGAAUUACAGCUUAGCCUUGCGAUCCUGAUGAAAAAAGAAGUGGAUUGGAUCGGAAGCUUAUUUUAG